AUGUUCUCGACCAACUUGAUCUUAGCCGGCAUUCUCGCCGCAGGUCUUGCAUCCGCCGAUGUCCCGCUCUUCGCGCAACACGAUGCCACCUACUCGUUGGCAGGACCUGUCGGAGUCUCCAGCACUCGUAACUUGAGAGCCAUGCCUAAACCGACCGCAGUGGAUGGCACGACCUGGUCACCGCACACUUAUCAGACGGAGCCUCACGUCAAGUCGACACCGACGUACCAGACGGAGCACGACGUACCAGACGGAGCCGACUUACCAGAUGAUGCCUAA